AUGAGAAGUCAUGAAUUAACGCGUAAUUUUGCAAGCGAUCAUUCAAAUGAUGCAAACUCGCUCGCUUUCAAUGCAUCACAAAGUGUUAAUCUACAUAGAUACAUUAAUUACGCAAAUCUAUUUAGUGUUGGAAAUAGCGUAACUUUAAUAAACUCGACAUGUCGCUUACCAACCAAAGCUUUUCAUACAAACAAAAGUCAUACUCAGAGCCCAACAGCAUUAAUUUUAGGUUUUAAAACAAAAGAUUUUAAUGACGUAACAAGAUUUGCAUGUAAAUUAUUUUUUCGAGAUGGUGUCGAAUGUCACAACAAAGAUGUCGCGGACUGCUUACGAUCAAAUUAUUUCUUUUCCACUAAAACAUAA